AGGAGGUCGAGGCUGCAGUGAACCGUGAUGGUGUCACUGCAUUGACCUGGGCGACAGAGCGAGACCCUGUCUCAAAAAAGCAAACCAAAAACAACAAAAAAGUAGACUCAACUGAGGACUUUUGACGCGCAGAUGCUCAGGCCCACUCCCAGAUUCUGAUGUUAUCGGUCUGACUCGCAACGCGCUCACCAGGACACUUCAGAGCUUCCCAAGUGCUUCACAGCCCAACCCUCCCACCCGAGGGGAGGCUGCGAGCGGCAAGUCGUUUCCGGGUUGGCACCUCUUAGAAAUCAGAUUGGGAGAAGGAGGCUAUCAAGCAUCAUCAUGACCAAUCACCCGCUUUCACGAGGAGGAAUGGGCGGGACUCUGCGGCCCUGUCCGGAACGCCGUUUCCUUGGCGACGACGCAGCCGCGUCCUGCCUUGUAGGUGGGGCCGGCCUCUGUUUCUACGACAACGGAAACCCAAGCCUCCCGCUACACCGCUUUCUCCGCAGCGCCAAAGCGGGACAAGACGGGACUACGUUUCCCAGCAGUCACCGCGCGGGUUCUUGCCUGCGCUUGCUGUGGCCUGGGUCCCUCAGUGCCGCGGCGGCCCGGAGGUGGCGGGAGGACGGCUCCGCGCUGCAUGCGGGGCGGGGACCAGGGGACCCGUGCGGGCCGCCUCCAGCGAAUGAGGCUGCCAGGCUUGAGAGAACCACCAUUACCUGGUUGAAGAGGGGAGGGGCAGCUCAGCAUUGGCCUCUGCAGCGUGGAUCUCCUGGCCAGGCUCUCAGCUGUCAGGUGAGUCCACCUCACACCUCCCAGAAGACAUGGACAAUGGCAGUGAAUGGAGCCAGGAGGACCCGGAGUGUGGGCUUGCCACUGAGAAGCUGAGGCCAGGAAUCCUACAACCAGAACUCUGUGCCCCAGGAUGGAGGCUCUGGCCCAGAAGGCUGGGCAGGGAGCAAUCUCCACGGCCAAUGCCCGGGGUGCCUCUGGGGCCUGGGAGAAAAGGCCCGAGGAGCCGAGGCCCCUCGAACAGGACCGAGCUGGGAGCCGCCCCACUCAAAAGGGGGACCUGCGUGGAGGGAUGGCGGACGGUAGGAUGACUCCCCCAGGCAGGGGCUCCCAGGACUGCAACCUCGGGGUGAGCCCCGGCUCGGGGACCCGGCACAGUGCGGAGACCAGACCCCUCGUGUGGGAGCCGUGCAGCCCCACCUCUUCUCAGGACCCUGAGCUAGUUACCCGCGAGGGACUGCAGGCCGGGGAGGACCCCUGUGGGUGCCCGGCGCGUGGCAGGGACUGUAGCAGGAACUCCUGCCUGGCGCGGCCUCGCGGGGUGCCCGCUGGGGAGACGCCACCCGUGUGUGACCCCUGUCCGGAGCGGCUCCGGAACCGCCCCCGGACUCAACUGUGUGAGGUCCACACGGACUGCUGGCCGUGCCAACUGGGGACGGGCGCGCCGACCUGCCCGAAGACCCCAAAGCCGACCUCCCGCGGGAGGAGCCCCUCGGUGGAGCAGCCCCAGGCUUGUGCGUGCGGCGAGGCCUUUGCGUGGAGGGCCCUGCGGAUCCCCCAGGAGCGGCUGCAGGCGAUGGAGGAGCCCCGUCCGUGUGCCCAGUGCGGGAAGUGCUUCCGCCCCAACCAGCAGCAGCAGACGGGCAAGGGCCCCCCAGUGUGUCCUGAGUGCAGCCAAACCUCGCGACCUCGCCUGGGUGUCCCCAACCCCCCGGCCCAGCGGCUGUACGCUUGCGACGAGUGCGGCAAGGCCUUCACGCGCACCUCCAGCCUACUGCAGCACCAGCGCAUCCACACGGGCGAACGGCCCUAUGAGUGUGCCGAGUGCGGCAAGGCCUUCGUGCGCUGCUCCGGCCUGUACCGCCACCAGAAGACUCACUCGGCCGAGCGCCACCGCCGUGGCCCAGUCCUGGCCCGGCGCGCCUUCCGGCUGGGGUGCCCGCCCUGCGGGGACUGCGGCGAGCUGAGUCCCCGACGGGGGUCGGGAGCCGGGGAGAAGCCGUAUGAGUGCGCCGACUGCGCCAAGGCCUUCGGGCUGUUCUCGCACCUCGUGGAGCACCGGCGUGUGCACACUGGCGAGAAGCCCUACGCUUGCCCCGAGUGCGGCAAGGCCUUCAACCAGCGUUCGAACCUGAGCCGGCACCAGCGCACGCACAGCAGCGCCAAGCCCUACGCGUGCCCACUGUGCGAAAAGGCCUUCAAGGGCCGCUCGGGCCUGGUGCAACACCAACGCGCGCACACCGGCGAGCGGCCCUACGGCUGCCCCCAGUGCGGCAAGACCUUCCGCGGCUGCUCCGAGCUGCGCCAGCACGAGCGCCUGCACUCGGGCGAGAAGCCCUAUAUCUGCCGCGACUGCGGCAAAGCCUUCGUGCGCAACUGCAGCCUGGUGCGCCACCUGCGCACGCACACGGGCGAGCGGCCCUACGCGUGCGGGGAGUGUGGCCGCGCCUUCAGCCAACGCUCCAACCUCAACGAGCACCAGAAGCGCCACGCGGGCCGCUCCGCGCCUUAACCACUGGGAGCCGACGCGUCGCCCAAGCGAACCCUGCGUUGAGGAGGGGCCUUUGUCCCGGAAAACCCACCGUUUGUAACCUUGAUUAAACUUCACUUUGUACAC